AUGUUCGAAGAGGGAUCGGUGGAUCCAGUGUACCAGGCGAGGGCACGCGUGUUGAACGCAGCACUGCAGGAGAUCGGGAUGGGGAAAUACCAGUGGUGGCUGUUCGUCGUCGCGGGCUUUGGCUUGCUCGCUGACAGCUGUUGGUCACUAAUCGGAGGACUUAUCCUGAGCCCGGUGGUGAACGAGUUCCAAUUCAACACGCCUUUCCUUGCGUUGGCGCAGAACAUCGGUGUUUUGGUGGGGGCUUCCUUCUGGGGCUUCAGCUACGACAUCUGGGGUAGAAGAUUGCUCUUCAACACCACACUCCUUGUGGCUGGUGUAUUCGGAUUGGCAGCCGGGGGCUCCCCUAACCUCAUCACUCUGGCCUCCCUCCUAGCCGUCACGGGACUGGGCGUCGGGGGCAAUAACGCCAUAGAUCUCGCAAUGUUUCUCGACUUCGUUCCCGGCACACACCAGUACCUGCUCACCGUCAUGUCCAUAUGGUGGUCGAUGGGUCAGCUGGUAUCUGCAUUGAUCGCCUGGCCACUGAUCUCCAGCUUCUCCUGCCCUCAAGGCUCCACGACCUGCACGCGCGCCGACGACAUGGGCUGGCGCUACCUCCUCUUCGCGUUCGGGGGGACGGCCCUCCUAUUUUGGGCGAUCCGCUUCUUCGUCUUCCCGCUCGAAGAGUCCCCGCGCUUCCUCAUCGGACUCGGCCGAGACGCGGAGGCAGUUGCGGUCGUGCAGCGGAUCGCAGCUUUCAAUGGCCGCGGGUGCCGCCUCACCGUCGACGAGCUGACCCGCGCUGGCGAAGCCGCUGCUGCGUCUCCGCAGGCGAAAAGCACCAAAAGCGGAAGCAAGCGCCAGGUGUCGAGCAAGAGCUCGGUCUUCACUACUAAGCACUUCAAGAGCCUGUUCGAGACACCCAAGCUGGCAUGGUCGACGAGUCUGCAGAUCGCUGUGUGGAGUAUCGUCGGUCUCUCUUCAACGCUGUACAACGGUUUCCUGCCCUUCCUUCUGGCGAGCCGUGGCGCACAGUUCGGCGACAGCUCGUAUUACAUCACCUACCGCAACCAAGUCAUCUUGGGGGUCAUCGGCGUCCCGGGGGCCUUACUCGCUGGGUGGGCGGUCGAACAGCCGUACAUGGGGCGCAAGGGCACCCUUGCACUUAGCGCGGGGCUCACGGGCGUGUUUCUUUUCGCGUCGACCACCGCCAGGAGCUCCGAUGCGCUCCUAGGGUGGAACUGCGGGUACACCUUCAACAACAAUAUCAUGUCCAGCGUACUCUACGCUAUCUCCCCCGAGCUCUUCCCCGCCAAGGACCGCGGCGCGGGCAUCGCACUGGUAGCCACCGCGACAAAUGUCUUCGGUGUCUUGGGUCCCGUCAUCGCGCUCUACGCGAACCUCGAGACGGCCGUCCCGGUGUACAUCUCUGGGGGGCUCAUUAUCGGAAGCGGAGUCCUUACGCUGCUCCUCCCGUACGAGCCUCGAGGCAAGGCGUCGAUUUGA